AGGUCACAGUCGGUGUGUUUUCACCUCCACCUCCUGCAGGAAGUUCAUGUCUCUCUGUGCCGUGGGAACAAAUGGCCCCUUGGCUUUUCACUUGGCUGAGCGCAGUUCAAGUGCAUGUGAACUCACUUCAUCAUCAGAAGCCCUGAUUGCUUUGGCAGAAAUUGCAGCCACUCGGGCCGGUUUACUCCUGAGUCGUCAGGUGUGCGCAGCGCAGAGAGCAGUGGGGGCAGUGGCAUCUGUUGUUGACGCCUCUUCACUCUCACCGGGUCGGACAGGACAGGAGGACACGCAAUCCCAGACGUGUUACGUGCGAAGAACAGUUUUCUAAUCUCUGAUCUCUUGGAUUAUCUUCAAUGGACGGGGACUUGAUCCCCGUCUGUGGGUUUUUGGCCACUCUUUUACGCACACUAAAUGCGCACUGAUUAUCUGCGCUCGAACUUGCGCCUUUGGCAUUUUCGUUAUGGAUUAAACAGUCGGUGGUUUUAGCCUAGUGUGUUCCCUUUGGACAACUGUGGAUUAUUGAAUGGACUGGAAUCAUGUAAAAUGGUGGUGUUGUUUUGGUCAGUGACGCGCGCAGCAGAGUUUCCACAGCUCUUGGACAAAGCAGCCGUUUAUUCUCCUGAGACACGUUGACCUGUUUUCCUCCUAUUGACGCGCUGGGAUGGAGAGUGAGCUGAGACCCAGGCUCUGUUUCCUGACCAAAGGACCGCGCGGGUAUGGGUUUCACCUGCACGGUGAGCGCAACAGGGGCGGACAGUUCAUCCGCACCGUGGAGCCCGGCUCCUCGGCGGACAUGGGCGGGCUGAGACCAGGAGACCGGGUGGUGGAGGUGAACGGGGAGAAUGUGGAGAACGCAACUCAUCAUCAAGUAGUGAAUCGUAUCCGUGAAGUGGACUACCGCACCAGGCUGCUCGUGGUGGACAGAGACACCGAUGACUACCUCCACAGCUGUGGCCUGGCCUGCACCGAGGACCUGGCCAUUGAGAUGGGAACCCUCUCCCCGUGGCCUUCACCCAAGCCCACGCCUUCCUCUUCUCCGAUACCCAGAGAGAACUCACCUCUGUCACUCAAGCCCAACCACGCACACUUGUAUCACCGCCACGCGGCAGACUCCCCCAUUCAUGUCAUCAUACAAGGCAAGGUCAAGAGGGUGUCAGUGACAUCAAGCACGACGACUGACGCGGAGCUGCAGCGGGAGUCCUCACCAGAGCUGACGUCUGAGCAUCUUCCCCGACUGUGUCACGUGGUGAAGGGGGCGCACGGCUAUGGCUUCAACCUGCACAGCGAUAAAACAAAGCGUGGACAGUUUGUACGAUCUGUGGACCCUGGUUCAGCUGCGGAUAGAACAGACAUCCGGCCCGGAGACAGACUGGUGGAGGUGAAUGGGGUAAACAUUGACGGCCUGAGGCACUCGGAGGUGGUGGAAAUCAUCAAAGAAAGAAGGGAUGAAGUCCGUCUCCUCGUGGUCGACCAGGAAACGGACAAGCUCUUCCACAGACUGGGGAUAACACCCACCAUCAGCCAUGUCAAAGAGGUCUACGUGGAUGAAUCAGCCACCGACAGUGUCCCACCCACUCCUUCUCCUACCACAGACUCACCGCUCAUCAAUGUCACGCUGACGGACUCCCCGAUCACAGAGGUGUCUCCAAAGUCCCGUGCUAAUGGGAGCUCAGCAUCCCAGUCCUCCAGAAGUUCCACCACUCAGUCAGAGGUCAGCAGCUCGGACAUGAGCUUCCAGGUCCCGGAUGAGGAUGACAGGCGCGUUUCGGACCCUUUUAUGGAAAGUGGCCUACGUCUGAGUCCAACGGCUGCCGAGGCCAAGCAAAAGGCCUGCGCGAGCCGCACCAAGAAGAGAGCGCCGCUUAUGGACUGGAGCAAGAGAAAGGAGAUCUUCAGCAACUUCUGACCUAAGGAUGCACUGAGGGAAAAGGGAAAAAAACACAGCAGGAGGAGGAGGAGGAGGAGGAGGAGGAUGGCGUAGAACAAGGAAUAAUGCUGUGAUUCCUGACUUUAGAAUUACAUCAUGGAGAGAAUUGAGUGAGGUCAUCAUAUUGACACCCUAUUCUUAAAUUCUGUUAGGCAUGAAAUAUUUUAAGAUACCAUGUGGUAUACUAACUGUAUAUUACAGUAUCUCUAACUGACAGACCAUCAGUUGAGACUCGUGUCAUCUGAAACGAUGCCCUGAAGCGUAACCAUGGCAGAUAACAGACUGCAUAGUAAAGGAGUUUUCCAUCUCCAGAAGACGGUAGUAAUGCAAAAUCAUGGAUGCAGGUUCCUGUUAAACACCAUAGAAGAAGAAGAAUACACAGCGGCUCUCUUUCUGGGGCCUGAGCAGUGACCAUGAAUCUAGAGCUUAUAUGCACUUGUGUUUGUGUAUCAGUGAUAUUUUUAGCAUCUGUGUGUUUUUCGGGGGCCACAUUUGCUGUAGAUAUGCUUUUCUGUUGUAACUUCUGUAGAUGUCACUUUAUUUUUCUUCUCUCUACAGUAAGAGUUUCAUUUCUUCUCAGUUUACUAUGAGUUUUUCGUCUCGCUGUAGUCGUCUCUAUGUUAGUGUCUAGUUUAUCGUAGCCUCAGUGUAACCUUUGAAUGUAAACACAAAGGGAAACUAGCGAGGCCGAGUUAUCACGCGUAUAUAGGUGUGAUGACCUUGCUGCUUCUUUAAACUUUAGUGAUCUCUAUAAAGGAAAAAAUAUUUAAAAGACAAGGUACAAAAAAAGCUGAUCACGUUUGAUCUGUUUCAUAUGCACCUGAUGAUUCAAACUUAUCACCGUGAGUGAAAUAAACUUCCAGAACAUGUAUAUGA